CUCUCACCUUCUCCUCCCCGCCCUCUGGCUAUACUUCACCGGCUGGUCUCCGACGCAAAUACACGACUCGCCCGCGCUCGGCAUGGUCCAGAAGAACAGCACCCUCUGUCCGUCCGACAACCAGCAACUGAUCGACCAAACGGGAUUCUGGAGUUCGGAUGGCAUAGACUGGGAUGCGCAUCGAGUAGGAUGGCUGAUUGCGGGGGUCUGCGCAGCUGUGACUGUCGUCCUCACAAUCAUCAACGUCGGCUUCCAUAGCACACACUACACCAACCGCGGGGAGCAACGACAGAUUAUCCGAAUAUUGUACAUGCCUGCGGUCUACGCCAUCAUCUCCUUCUUCUCCUACAGAUACUUCCGCAGCUACACGUACUAUGAUCUCAUCGAGACAGCAUACGAGUCCGUCACCCUCAGUGCUUUCCUCCUCCUCCUCAUCGAAUUCGUCGCCGCAACGGCGGUAGAACACAACGUAGAGAACGCUAUCAUUCGCAAGGACAAAGAGGCACUGCCCAUGCCCUUCUGCUGCUGGAGGUAUCGACCAACUAAGGCGUACUUCAUGUACACAUUGAAGUGGUCUGUGUUGCAAUAUGUCAUUCUACGACCACUACUCUCCAUCGCCGGCAUCGUAUGUGAAUACUACGGCGUGCUGUGCGAGUCGGGUCCAUGGAGCUUCAAGACCGCGCACGCGUACAUCACAGUCAUCGACGGUGUCAGCAUCACCAUCGCGCUGUACGGCCUGCUCAUCUUCUACGGCCUGACGAAGGAUGAGCUGAAGGGCCGGAAGCCGCUUUCCAAGUUCCUGUCCAUCAAGCUCAUCGUCAUGUUCACCUUCUACCAAGGCCUCGUUUUCGACGCGCUCGAAGGCCGCGUGAUCAAGCCGACGCAGUACUGGACGGAGACGAACAUCGCGGACGGGCUGAACGCACUCGCGAUCUGCAUCGAGAUGGUGCUCUUCUCCGCGUUCAUGAUAUACGCAUACUCGUGGCGCGAGUACGUCGUCCCCGGCCGCCCGCGCAGCAGCAUCUGGCGCCCCCUCUGGGACAGCAUCAACUACUCGGACUUCGCACACGAGAUCGCGGGCUCCCUCCGCUUCUUCGUCGACUACGCGCGCGGCAAGCCCGGCACGCACGGCCCGCGCGUCGACGUCACGGACUCCGCCACGGGCAAGACGCACGCGAAGAUGGACUUUGGCGAGGCGUUCGGCGUCGCGCCGCGCCCCACCGUGUACCCCAUGUCCACCUCCGCGUCGUCCGCCGUCGCGGCGCCCCGGAGCGGCAGCUGGCGCGGGGAGCCGCCGCGGCCGCGCGAGAGCUACGACGAGAACGUGCGGCUCGCGCCGUAUGCGUACGAGGGCGGGAAUGCGUCGGGCGGGAUCGCUGGCGUUGGGGCAGGCGGCCGUGGAGGCGGCGGUAGUGUGCCGUAUGCUGCGCGGCAGAGUCUGGACAGCGGGUCGACGGAGACCGGGCGGUACUACAGCGGGGCGGUCGCGCAGUGAGCGGACGCUGGGAGGCGAGGUCGGUGUUUUCGUUAUGCCUAGUUUUAUUAUCUUGCUUUUGUCUCUGCCGUGUCCCCGUCGCCGUCGUGCUGUAAUCCCUACAUACCGUAUCCUACCGUACCGUACCUGCUCGCUCGUGUUUGUGCAUAUCGUGCUCUCGGACGCUGCUCGAUGAUCGUACUAUGGUAGACAUCUCGCUCUACAUUUUUGGUUUACC